AUGGACCUACAAUUCUGCGAAGGCUGGAGAUUUGCCGCUGUCAAUUGUGAAAAAUAAUAAAGUUACGACAACAGCGCAAUAAAUUGGCCGUGCGGAGUUGGAGAUACACACAAAUAUUUUCGGUUUUUCAAAUUAUGAAACGACGUUGAAACCUCCUGCACAACACGACAAUGACCGUAUCAUUCUGUGGAAAACGUCUGCUGCUGACCCGGCUAAAUGUGUUGGCCAACCAGAGGCGCCACGGUUAUAUUGUGCUAGUUCCCGAAAUUGGAGAGGAUACGUCAGAGCGCAAUCCGCUGAAUCGAACUGAAAAUGGAUUGCCCGAAUUCAACAGUGUCACGAUUGAACGAUGCGUUGGCACCAUCAGUCAGCAGGUGAGGACCGUGGAGAAAGAAGUCAAAGCCUUGGAGGAGAAAAUAACCGGUGAGAAGGCGGCUGGAGGUACGCUUGAUGUGAUAAGAGACAUUUUGGUGCCACUGGAGAAGGUGGGCGCUCCGCUGGAGACAACAUGGGGCGUGUCUAAAACUUUGUAUCUUGGUAACAGCUCAAAGAUGCCCACGAAAAGUUACAUGACAAUCCAUGAGCGUGCGAGAAGUGCGAGAAGUUACAAGUUUAACAGUCUGCCAAUCUAUAAUGCACUGAAGGAUGUGGAUACCGGCGUGGCAGGAAAGUUCUCGCAGGAAGAGAAGCGAUUAAUCAACAAGUAUCGACUGGAAUCCAGAUUAGGCGGCAUCGAAGUCGAUGGGUCAUCCAAGGAGGAACUUAAAGACGUAAUCCGUAAGCUUUCCCAAGAGAGAGCAAGAUUCCACGGGAAAGUGGAGGUAGCCAUUAAAAAGUUUUCCCACACCGUCAAUGAGCCGGAAUUGAUGCGCGAGUUUCCGCCAUCGAUGCUCCAAGCAUUGGCCCUGGAUCAGUCGCAGGCUGUUAAAGGGCCGUGGAAAAUCACCCUGCAACCAUUUGUGGUGCAAAAUUUUCUCGAGUAUUGUCCAGAUCGUAUACAGCGAUGGAAUGUCUGGCAAGCGGACACCCGGAAGUGUUCGAAUCAUACGGACAAGUCGUUGGAAAACAGUACCCACGUGGAAACGAUUCGUGGCCUGAGAAGACGUCAAGCGAAGCUGCUUGGUUACGAAAAUUACGCCCACAUGUCAAUGGAAACGAAGAUGGUCGGUUCGAUCGAUGCGUUGAAAAGUACCCUGAAUGAAUUGCAUCAAUAUGCUCGACCCGCGAUGGAUAACGAAAUCGUCUCGUUGAAGGGUUUUGCCAACGAGAGAGGUUACAAGGGAGAGCUCGAUAUUUACGAUGUCCCGUACUGGAGAAGGCGGCAGCUGGCUGAAGUUCAUCAGUAUGACAGGGAAGCUUUGAGGGAAUACUUCCCGAUGCCUAAAGUGUUGUAUGGCUUGUUCAAAUUGGCCGAAACUUUGUUCGAUAUCCGUAUCGUGGAACGAUCUGGAGUUGAUACGUGGCAUGAAGAUGUGAAGUUCUACGAUAUUUUCGAUGCUAAAAAGGGCAGUGAGCCAAUAGCCGGACUUUAUGCAGAUUUAUAUUCCCGCGAGGAGGAGAAAAUUUCGGUUGCGGGUAAUGCUGGCUGGAUGAUCGGAGUUGUUAACAAGAGUGAGAUUGUCAAUGAUAAACCAUUAACUGCAUUGAUUUGCAACUUUCCCGCCCCACUCUAUGGGAAACCAUCUCUUCUAACUCUGGAUGAUGUCCAGAUAUUGUUCCACAAAUUUGGCCAUGCUCUCCAGCAUUUGCUGACGGAGACAAAAUAUAGCGAAAUUGCAGGUUUGUCGUUCGUGGAAUGGGACGCUGUUGAAGUCUCGGGUCAUGUUCUGACCCACUUUUUGCAAGACCCAGAUGUGAUUCGUUCCAUCACCGCACAUUACAGCACGGAUGAGCCGCUAACGGAUGAGCUGGUGAAGGCCAUUCAGACACGCCAUACACACCUCGGUGGAUACGGUCUUUGUCGCGAGCUUUAUCUGUCGAAUCUGGACUUGGAAUUGUAUCAAACGUCUGACUUCUGGCUGGAUAUUGUCAGGAGGCUGUAUCCCCAGUUUCAUCACUUCCCGUUAGACAAGAAAGAUGCCCACCCGUGCUCAAUGGGUACGAUAUUCUCCGGUGACUGGGGAGCAGCCUACUUCAGCCGGUUGUGGUCUCGCUUGGUUGCGGCCGAUAUUCACAACGCAUUUGUGGAGGCUAAGAGCAAGGGUCAAGAGCAAGAGGUCGGCCGGAGGUUCCGCGAAACGUUUCUUGCGCUCGGUGGUGGAUGUCACCCAUCGGAGGUGUUCCGACAGUUCCGAGGACGGGAUCCGUGUCCAAAGGCAUUGCUGCAGAUGUACGGAAUGUGUAAGCCAGUCUAUGGUGUGGGAUCAUCUGACGCUUCUAAGAAAAGUAAAAAUGACUAGAUAAAUACAAAAAAAAAAAGUGGUGUUGCAUCAAACGAGUUUAAUAAACAAUUUGUUGCGUUUCAUUAUGUUCGCAAUUGCGGCUGAUGAUUUCGAUGUGUAAUUGAUCUAUUUCCCAGCAUUCGGGAACCAUUACGACACAUUUCGAGCCGUGAGCCGGCUUUACUAAUACGACACAUUCUGGACUAAACACUCAGUUUGAGUUAUCGUGUCAGGCUCGACUGAAUGAACAGUUAAAGAGCAGUUGAAUUCGCAACAUCCGGGUAACUGAAUUAGGAAAAGAUGCCUUAUUAUCUCACACAAUGUGUAACAAUUCUUUAAGUUGAGAGAGGCCCCUGUUA